UUAACGUAGUCAGAUUUCCUCAAGUAGCUGUAUUCUAUAAUUCUCCCAUCCAAAUUUAGGGAUUGAACCCCCAAUUUCAACCCUAAUUCCAUUUUUAGUCUUUUUUUCAGAAACAAUUAAAUUUAAAGUCUUUAUCUUCUUUUCUCCUGGUGAUCUAAUAUCCAAAGUUUCUUUUAGUAGCACGAUGGAUAACAGAUGGUAUGGCGCUAAACCGGAAACAGUCUCCUUUGAUAAAAGUCAACAAGAUAUAGAGCAGGAUUCUCUUAUUGAGGAUCUGGUUGAAGAUUUCCGCUUGCCUAUUAAUCAUAGACCUACAGAAAAUGUUGAUCUGGAUAAUGUUGAACAAGCGUCUUUGGAUACAAAGUUGACAGCCUCCAAUAUUGGGUUUAGGCUUCUUCAGAAAAUGGGAUGGAAAGGGAAAGGUCUGGGAAAGGAUGAGCAGGGAAUAACUGAUCCGAUAAAAUCCGGGAUUAGAGAUCCUAAGCUUGGCAUUGGAAAACAAGAAGAAGAUGAUUUUUUCACUGCCGAGGAAAAUAUCCAGCGGAGAAAACUUGAAAUUGAGAUGGAGGAAACAGAGGAACAUGCAAAGAAAAGAGAGGUGUUAGCAGAACGUGAGCAGAAAAUUCAAACUGAGGUGAAAGAAAUACACAAGGUUUUUUAUUGUGAUCUCUGCAACAAGCAAUACAAGUUGGCUGUGGAAUUUGAAGUUCAUCUGAGCUCAUAUGAUCACAAUCAUCGCAAGCGUUUUAAGGAAAUGAGAGAGAUGCAUGGUACUAGCGGCCGCGACGAUCGGCUAAAACGAGAACAGCAACGGCAAGAAAAGGAGAUGGCUAAGUUUGCUCAGAUGGCAGAUGCUCGUAAGCAGCAGCAGCAGCAGCAGCAUGUAGAAGAAGCUGGAUCUCCUCAGGUUUCCAAUUCAGUUAGAACUGCAACUCCAUUGGCUGAUCAGGACCAACGGAAGGCAUUAAAAUUUGGAUUUUCUUCUAAAGGUGGAACUUCUAAGAAGUCAUCUAGCAGUACGGCGAAAAAGCCGAAAGUUGUUGUGGCCUCAGUUUUCGGCAAUGAUAGCGAUGAAGAGUAAAACUGGACAUCGAUGCUAUAACCUGUGGAAUAUAUAUCUAUUAUUUGGUUGAUGAUCUGUAUGUAUGUGGUAUGUGCUUGUAAUUUUCAGAAUCUUUAUGGUUUUGACUUGUCAGAUCCUAUUAGAAGUUUUAAGAUUGAAAUUGUCUGACAAACACGGAUUGAUUUUCUUGAAUACUUGUUUUAUUAUCAUAACACAUAAACGUUGAUGAACUUUUUUACAA